AUGCAACCCCCACUGCUGGUAGUAUUCAUAUUCUCCUAUGCUGACUUAAAGCAGAGUUUUACAGACCAAGACUUGUUAGGACUAGCUCUAGAAGAUGCCUUGGAGGUAUUACAGCAACAUUCUGAUGGUGACUUUAAUUAUAUGCCAGAAGACUAUAAAAACUGUUUGACUUACCAUCACCAUGGUCUCCAAGCCAAUUCAAGUUACUUGGCAGAGUCUUCCACCGAAAAAACUAUAUAUAACUGGAGGCAUACAAUCAAUACUGAGGCAGACUUGUAUCCGGAUGGAGCUAUCUACCGUACCUUGCAGCCUAUUCCAGAAAGCCAAGGGAUGUGUGUUACACCUGUGCAGCAGAAAGGCAGCAAAGGCAGGAAAAAGCUGCGCCUAUUUGAAUAUCUUCAUGAAUCUCUCCAGAACCCGGACAUGGCAAACUGCAUCCAGUGGAUAGAUAAGCCCAAUGGCAUCUUCCAGUUUGUUUCCAAACACAAGGAGAAAUUGGCAGAACUGUGGGGGGAACGCAAAGGAAACCGGAAGACCAUGACUUACCAGAAAAUGGCCAGAGCUCUGAGGAAUUACGGAAGAACAGGGGAAAUAAUUAAAAUCCGAAGGAAGCUGACCUAUCAGUUUGGUGCUGUGAUUUUGCAAAGGCUUUCUCCAGCUUACUUUCUGGGGAAAGAUGUCGAUCAAUAUGCCCAAGAUGAUCAAGAGUGCCAGUAUGCAGAUGAUUGGUUUUCUUAUCAUUAUUACAUGUAUGACAAGGGCCAUGAACUUCAGCAGGCAAGCAGCAAUACAAAUCCAUUCUGCUAUGGGUCUUAG